AUGAAAAAUCAAUUACAUUUAAAUUUAAAUGUAAUAGAAACAUUGAAUGUUGAUAAUGAUGAUAAUGAAGGGGAUCCGGUAGAAGCGGCAGCAGCAGCAGCAGCAGCAGCAGCUGCUGUAGCGGAGUUGAAAUGGGAUGGUGUUAAUGUAGAAACCGUCACAACAGUGCCUCAACAACAACUACAACCACAUGAACAAAAACAACAACUACCAGAAGAACAACAACCACUUAGAAGAGAAUAUAGUAAAGUCGAAGCUAUUUCAAUGGGACAGACGUCUACAAUAGCAACAGCAACAGUUAGGGGAGAAGCAGGAACUUCAACAGCAGCAGCAGCAACACGAGUAGCGGCAACAUCGUUAUCAUCAUCACCGUCAUUGUUGAAUUCAUCAUCAACGGCAUUAGCUAAAUUUAACCGAAUCAUCGACAGUACAAUGCCGGCAACCAACUACUAUCAGCAUUAUUUGCAACAUCAGCAAGCGCAUGAGAGUAUGCAACAUGCAAUGCGCGCCGGCUUAGCGCCACCAGCUCCGCUGAGUGACGCAUUACAGCAGCGGCUAGCGCUUGUAUAUCCCGACAUUGUCUCGACUGAUUCGCAAACGAAAAAAAUUAAUUUCACAACAGCAGCAACAACAACAUCAGCAGCAGCAGCAGCGGCGGCCACAGCGAAAACAACAACAACCAGAACUGUGCAAGCAGCCAAACCGAAAGCAAAAGUGAAAGGAAAAUCCGGUGCGUCGCUUGAGCGCCUACGUUCGGCGCGAGCGGAAAUAGCAGCGGAAGAGGAAGCGGCAACAUUAAUGGCCGCAGCUGCUGCAACAGCAACAUCACCCGAUGAUAAUCAAAUGAAACGAAAUGAUGUGCAUUAUUUGUUGAAACAAUUAAAUAGUUUUAGUGAUAUAGAAGAAAUAGAAAUUGUUGAUAUGGAGCAAAGGCAGCGGCAGCUGGAUGAACAGCAGCAGUUGGUACAACAGCAACAACAGCUCGCCCAACAGCAACAACAGCAACAGUAUAUGGGACAUGGCGUGGACAAGACACACUCACCGACAGCGCAAUCGCUUGUGAUAAUCUCGCCAUCGUCGUUAUCGCACAAAGGCAUACGACGUUACGCCUCAUUGCAUCAGCAACAGUGCACUCAGUAUCCGCUUGACAGCGACGAGGCGAUCGACAGCGUCGAACAGCAGCAAUAUUUGUUGCAACAAUUCGACGAUUACCUUUUUCAGUCCUGCCACUAUUUGGAGACAAAUUAUUUUGCCGCCAACUAUCGCACUGCCAUGGUCGAGAGCAGCUCGCACGAGUUUCGACCAUCGACGACGACGACGACAGGCACUUCGGCAGCGUCUGUCUCAUCGGAGCAUUCGCUUGAGCUGCACGAGACUGAGCCGCCGAGCGUCAUAUGCAAAGCGCCGCCACCAGCGCCUGUGUCACCGCCCACUACAACCGUAGCCACUACUGUAAUGCCAUCAUCCGUUGGUGGUAUUGCAGUCACGUCCACAACGCUAAAACGCUACGGUAUGCAAGCGCGGUUGACUACCAGUGGCGUACAAACCGAACUCACCGCCACCUCACUAACGGAGGCGUCAUUGGCGAAGAGCACCAGCAGUUCGGCCAGUUCCGAAGAGCAGCGACGACGUGCGCCAUUCUUCAAAUGCUGCUACACGCCCAUCGAUCGCUGGCGAGAAAAGCGUAGCGCAGCACAUACGGCUGCAGCAGCACAAAAGCGCGGUAGUCGACGUGCCACCGCGCAGACUAGUGGUGUUGAUGCUGCAGCGUCGGUGAGUGGGCGUGCCGUCGGUAUCAGUGCCACCGUCGGACAGCAGCAGCAGCAACAGCAACAGCAACAUACGCGCAAAAAUGGGCAUGCAGUCUGACAAAACGCGUGCGCGAUGGUGUGUGUAGGCGUAGUGAGUGUCAGCGUGAGCUGUGAGAAGCGACGUGCGAACAAAUACAGAAAUACAAAAUCGAUCAGCGCCGCUGUCUAUUUGCGAUAUCAACAAUUUUUUCUAUUUCAAAUUGAUGCUUGGGAUAUUUACUAACAUACAUUGGUAUACGCGAAAAUAUCUCAAGUGGAUUAUUUGUUGGUAAACUAGAGAUGAAGUGAAGAGAGAUGUAGUAGUGGCGCCUUGUGCGCGAAAACGAAACCGAAACAGAAGCAGAAAAAUGAAGAUUUGCGAAAUUAAUUGGUGGAUUUAGGAAACAAAGAAAAAACAUAAAAUAAAAUAGAAGUCUUAAAAAGUGUUCUAAAUGUUAAAGCUUUUUUAAAAGGCUUUUUAAGUUAAGUUAUAUGCAAAUAAGCUGGAGGCGAAAGAGUGCAUUGCCAGUGCGAGCUGGCGAGUUUAGGAAGUUGCGCACGCUAACUUCAAAGAUAAUGAAGAGUUGAUGGCAGUUUUAAGUUUUUUGCCUUAAAAUGUAAAAUUUUUUUAAUAUCUUGACUCAAGUAAGGAAAGGAGUGUAACUAAACUUUUUUUUUUUUUUUUUUGUUUUUUUUUUUUGUACCCCUUCUUUUGGCGCUUGAUUCUGCGCAAUUCAUUUAUUAUAAUAUAUUUUUUUUGUCUAUACGGGUAUGAAAUAAUUAAAAUUUGGCACUUUUCUUUUUUGUCCACUGAAUUGUAAACUUGUAUGCUUUUAAUAUUUUUUUUUUGUUUCUAAUUGUCUUAUUAUCUUAGUUCAAAGAAAAAAGAGUGAAGUUACACUUCGUUUUUUCUUUAAUGCUUUCUAUUUGAGCUCGAUUUAUAAUAUUUUAUUAUAUCUUUACAGGUAUGAAGGUAUUAAUAUUUGAAUUUUUUUUUACUGAAUUGCAAACCUGUAUGCUUUUAAUGUUUUUUGUUUUCUAAUUCCUUAAUUCAAGUAAGGAAAAAGAGUGAGGUUAGAUUUUUUUUUGCUCUUUGAGCUCGAUUUUAUGGAUUUAUUAUAUCGAUGCAUGUAUGAAGUAAUUAACAUUUACAACUUUUAUUUUUUGUCCAUGGAAUUGUAAACCUGUAUGCUUUUAAUAUUUGUUUUUGCUUUCUAAUUUCUUAAUAUGUAUAAUAUGUAAAAUAUAUUUUUAAUAUAAUUCAAGUAAGGAAAAAUAGUGAGGUUAGACUUUUUUGCGUUUAUUGUUUGGUCAGUAGCGGUUUUCAAUGCGUUUCCUUUGAGCUCGUUUUUACGGAUUUAUUCAUUAUAUUUUCGUCAUAUCUUAAUUCAAGUAAGGAAAAAGAGUGAGGUUAGACUUGUUUCCGUUUUUUGUUUUUUGUUUUUAGCCAUUUGUGUGUUUCAAUGCGUUUUCUUUGAGCUCGUUUUUACGGAUUUAUUCAUUAUAUUUUCGUCAUAUCUUAAUUCAAGUAAGGAAAAAGAGUGAGGUUAGACUUGUUUCCGUUUUCCGUUUUUUGUUUUUUGUUUUUGGCCAUUUGUGUGUUUCAAUGCGUUUUCUUUGAGCUCAAUUUUACGCUUUAUAUAUAUUUUUUAUUAUAUAAAUGCAUAUAUGAAGUAAUUAUUAUUUGGAACACUUAUUUUUUGUCCACUGAAUUGUAACCCUAUACAUACAUUUUUACGUUUCAAGUAUGUACCAAAUUUUUUUUAUACAUUUUACCAAUGCUGGCUACAGUUUCGGCCUAUACUGAGUGGCUUUCAACGAAUUUCAGCCAAAAUAAAUCAAUACGAGCCGGAAUUCAGCUUAGCAAAAAUAUUUUGAUGACAUUUUUUUCGUUUUUUCUUAUUUUUGUUAUUAGCGUGCGCCGUUUGCAGAUUAGUGAGUUCCGAUUGCUUUUGUUUUUACAUUGAAUAGAAGCAUCUAAAUAAUCACAUAUUGUAAGAACACCGAAUGUCAUCACAAUGCCUACACACACAGCGAUUAUAAGUGACUGCUACACACACGGAACGAAAAACCGCACACCAAACAUACACAUAUACACAUUUAGUUUGCGAGCCUCACAAAGUUGCAUAGAAGAAGCUAAAUAUGUAAAACUAAUAUUACUAAAUUAACGAAGUGUGGAGAGUAUGCAAGCAUAAAAAAGUAAAUAAUAGCUUAAUAUAUCUAAUAUAAAAAUAAAAUAAAAUUAAAAAAAAAAAAAAACAAA